UAAUAUGUGUGAAGAUGAGUGGGUUCAUAGUCUUCUUGGUUGCUCCCACGUCCCAAAAUAAUGCAUCAUGCAUUGCUGCAAUAACUCUCUAUAAUGUGUCUGUGACUGUGUGUAUUUGUGUGUUCUUGAGGAGCUAAGAGAUGGCUGCUUAUGCUGCUCUGCUUUCACUCCUCCAAACACUAGACAACUUCCCUCGACCUUUCCAACAAACCACGUCUCGUCUUCAUGACAAACUUUGCUGCUUGCUACUGAUUCUUGAAGAUUAUUCAAGAAAUUACUCAUCAAUCAAGCAUUUGGAUUUGGAAGCCCAAAUCAGAGACGCAUCACAUGAAGCACAAGAUAUGGUAGAAUCCCAUAUUUCAGCACAAUUUCCCUGCAAAUCUGAAGAUGGGGGAAUGUUUCGGAAGAUGAUUUCCAGUCUCCAAGACAUGUUUUCUUUUGCCUUGUAUCCACGCCAAACAUUUGACUAUACACAUCAAGAUUUCGACUUGGAAUUCAGAGGAUGCUUCGAGAAGGUAAUAGACGAAUUUGAUUCAAUUUUGGAAGCUCUGUCUAAGAUCAAGGAUGGGAGAGAAGAAGAAGCUUCGAGAACGAGGAAUUCCUCGUUCGCUAGUUCAUCUACAUUUGUUGCCGGUGUGAAGAGAGAGCCGGUGGGACUUGAUCAGGAUUUGAUGUGCAUGAAAGAGUGGUUAACUGCUUCACUGUCCAAACUCGACAUCAUCUCAAUAGUGGGGAUGGGUGGUAUCGGGAAGACCACUCUUGCGAGAAAUCUCUAUAGUGACUCGCUUAUUGAAUAUUAUUUUGACAUUCGUGCCUGGGUAGUUUUAUCGCAGGACUACGACGCGCGGUUAAUGUUCAGGAGUCUCGUAUGUUGCACAGGAGAGCCUAAUGGUGAAUUGAAUCAUAAGAGCAUUGAAGAAUUAGCUGAGCGUUUGUACAAAAAUUUGAAGGGUAGAAGAUACCUGGUUGUGAUGGAUGAUGUUUGGGAUACUAAAGUUUGGGAUGAUGUCAAAAGGUUCUUUCCAGAUGACAAUAAUGGUAGCAGAAUCAUUUUGACUAGUCGUCAAUCGGAGGUAGCUAUUUAUGCCAACUCUAGUAACUCUAUUCAUCAAAUGAGACUUCUUAGUCCGGAUGCAAGUUGGGAUCUACUGCGUAAGACGGUGUUUGGGGAGAAAGACUGCCCUUCUACGCUAGAGACGAUUGGACAGAAGAUUGCACAUAAUUGUAAAGGGCUUCCGCUUGCAAUUGUCGUGAUCGGUGGUCUCCUAUCCAAAGACAGCAGGGCGCAGAAAGACUGGGAGUGCAUUGCUGAAGAUGUAAAGUCGGCAAUAGGUAGAAAUGAUGGUGAUGAUUUCAUGGAGAUUCUAUCUUUAAGUUAUAAUUCCUUGCCUCAUCACCUAAAAGCAUGUUUCCUUUAUAUGGGCGUGUUCCCUGAAGAUUAUGAGAUAUUUGUCACCCAACUCAUCAAGCUCUGGAUAGCUGAGGGAUUUGUGAAACCUCCAACCCCUAAAAGCUUCGAACAAGUGGCAGAAGAUUAUCUCAAGGAUCUUGUGGACAGAUGUCUUAUUCAGGUUCAACGGAGAACUUAUACCGGUGAGAUUAAAACCUGCACCAUCCAUGAUAUGUUGAGGGAGUUGUGCAUGAAAAAAGCUCAUGAUGAGAAACUUUAUCAGAUAAUGAACACGCAUAGUCGUGUGUUCCCACGAGGCAGAAACGAUCAACGCCGGUUUAGUAUUCAUGGAGGUACUUUUGGUCAUCGUACAAAUGAUUGUGAUUCGUAUGUCCUUUCUCGUUCUCUUCUCUAUUUUUGUUAUGGUCCCGGCCAUAGUCUGUUAGUAUCUUUUACUACAAGUUGUAGACUGCUCAGGGUAUUGGAUGUGCUCACAGUUAGAUUCUAUGACUUCCCAGUUGGCAUAAUGGAGCUAGUCCAUUUAAGGUACCUUGCUCUCACCUGUAACGGCAGGGACGAGUUGCCUGCAUCAAUUUACAAACUUGGAAAUCUUCAAACUUUAAUUGUGUACAGAGGGGAUAUCCCAUAUCCCCUCUGGUUUGCCCGCGACAUGUUUUAUAUAACAUUAAACAUCUGGAAAAUGCCACAACUGCGACAUCUUAUGCUUGAGAGAGGUUUCUUGCCUUAUCCUUUCCUAGAGCCAGUAGUGAAAGAUUCAGUUGUUUUGGAGAACCUACAAACACUUACAGGAGUAAUAGAUCUCAGAUGUACCAAGGAGGUCUGCGCCAUCAUGCCAAAUCUAAAGAAACUGGGAGUUUCUUAUAUUUCUUACAUCGAUGACAGUGAAGACAAAUGGUCAUCAUAUGAAUUCAACAAUUUUCUCUACCUGCACCAACUUGAAACAUUGAAGUGCCGUUUCAUUACCAAGGAUCCUCUAGCUAACAAGCUUUUGCCAGUGAGCCUAGCUUUCCCUCCGAAUCUCAAAAAGCUAACGCUCAGCGGUUGUAGAAUUCCUUGGGAGAAAAUGCCGGUUGUUGGUAUGUUGCCCAAUCUUCAAGUACUAAAACUGAGAGAUCAUGCCUUUGAAGGCUCAACGUGGGAACCACACGAAGGGGAAUUCAGUAAAUUAAAGUUUUUGCUCAUUGAUGUGAGUAAUUUGGUGCAUUGGAGAGUUAACGACACACAUUUCCCCCAACUUCAGCACUUACGUCUCAGUUGUUGCUUCUCUUUAGAGGAACUACCUCUUGAAAUUGGGGACAUUCCAACACUUGAAAUGCUUGAGUUGUAUGAAUGUAGCCCAUCUGUCGAGGCCUCAGCGAUGCUAAUACAAGAGGAACAGGAGAGCAUGGACAACUACGGGCUUAGAGUUCAUAUCAAGUCCUCCUCCUUUGAAAACGACAACGCCAGCACCUCUCUACGAAAGGUAAAUAAUAUGACUAAGUUUGAACGGCAACGGAUGAUGAUGGUUCGAGGAGGAGGAGGACAAUUCCUGCGAAAGUUGAGAGAAUGAGAAGGUAUGACAUGCAAUUCCUUGAUAACAAUCACUCAACUGAGAUGGAUGUCAUUCUUUUACUUUCAAUAUUUGUACCAAUUCGUUCUUAUCAACCGAGCCAGCUAACAAGUUCUGGUAACAAGUUAAGCAGACAGAUCCAGGUAGAAUUUGGUUGAGUAUAUGAUUUGUUUAUUAGGUAGAGUCGUGUUUAUGAUUUCAGUAACAAUUUUCAGAUAUCCCUUAUUGCUGGGGAAAAUUGUUGCAGUGCACUAUGGAAGAGGCUGGAGCUUACUUAGUUUUUAUUAUCAUUUGAAUUUUUUUGUAAGGUUUACUGUUUUGAAUUGAACGUUGUAGCUUUAUACAUUUCAACGAUAUGCUGUUAUUUUAUGUCCGGUGA